CACCACAUACCAAACAUAAUAAUUGUUAUAGAAACCAGCAGACUUGUUUAAAUAAAUGCAGAACUUAGACUGAAAUUAAAUUCAUAAAAAAUGCGGAUGGCAUUACAGGUGUGUAAAAAGUGGCGCACAAAAUGUGAUGUUGGUGAAGCGUGUCAAACCCAGAAGGCAGGGAGCGCCACGUACUCGGCUGGUUUAUUGAAAUACAAAUACAAAGGGACAUUCAGAAGAAGUUUUGUGCUGUGAAUGCGAGAGUGAUGGCAUCAGAAGAAGCAGAGUGUAUAUCGAACUUGUUCAAACCCAUAUACCUGAAGGAGGUGGCUGAGCUGAGGCAGUAUGUCCCCAACCUCCAAAGCCGCCCCAACCCACUGGAUCACAACCCCUACUUUGACACCCGCCAGCUACAACAACAACAACAAGGCUUCUACCUUACAGAAUCCGACGUCCUACUCCGCCAGAUCGGCAACGAUCUCUCUCCCUCUCCCCGCUUCGCCUACCACCGCGCUGGUCCACGCAAAAACAUCUACUUUGACCCUUCCAUUGUUCGCGUUGCCAUUGUCACCUGCGGGGGUCUCUGUCCCGGCCUUAACACCGUCAUCCGAGAGCUUGUCGUGGGCCUGUGGCAACUCUAUGGCGUCCGUCAUAUUUUCGGCAUCACCGCCGGCUACAGGGGGUUUUACUCCUCUGUCCCACUCCCCCUCAAUCCCAAACUCGUUCACCAUUGGCACAACGUCGGUGGCACCCUCCUUCAGACAUCCAGGGGCGGUUUCGACCUUCAUAACAUCGUCGAUGCCAUCCAAACUCACGCCUUCAAUCAGGUGUACAUUAUAGGUGGAGAUGGGACUAUGCGAGGAGCAGUGAAGAUAUUUGACGAAAUAAAGCAUCGGAAACUGGAAGUUGCAGUUGUUGGAAUUCCUAAAACUGUGGACAAUGACGUGGGAAUAAUCGACAGGUCUUUUGGAUUCCAAACAGCAGUUGAAAUGGCUCAGGAAGCAAUCAGUGCUGCACACGUGGAGGCGGAGAGUGCAGUGAACGGCAUAGGCCUCGUGAAGUUGAUGGGUCGAAGCACAGGCCACAUUGCUCUUCAUGCAACGCUCAGCAGCCGCGACGUCGAUUGCUGCCUUAUCCCCGAAAUAGAUUUCUUCUUGGAAGGGAAAGGGGGCCUCUUGGAGUUUCUCGGCCAGCGACUCAAGGAAAAUGGACAUGCCGUGCUUGUUGUUGCUGAGGGUGCUGGCCAGGACAUAAUACCCAGAACCGAUUCACAGAAGGACGAAAGGGAUGAAUCUGGGAACCCAGUCUUCUUAGAUGUUGGUGUGUGGUUGAAGUCAGAGCUGAACAAGUGGUGGAAAAGGGAACACCCCAAUGAGUUGUUUACAGUCAAGUACAUUGAUCCUACUUACAUGAUUCGUGCAGUUCAUGCAAAUGCCACUGAUAACUUGUACUGUACACUCCUCGCACAUUCUGCAAUUCAUGGUGUUAUGGCAGGGUAUACUGGCUUUGUUGCUGGUCCUAUUAAUGGAAACUAUGCAUACAUUCCUUUGGAAGAUGUGGCACGUGCAAAUAACCCGGUUGAUACCCAAGAUCAUAAAUGGUCGUGGGUGAGAUCUGUCACCAAUCAGCCUGAUUUUGUAAGGAGGUAAGACAGACAGACAAAGUUUUCCAUCAGCUGGACAUCCUAUUCGUAGGCUAGGUGAGCUGAUUCUCAUGUUCUCAUGUUUCUAGAUAGUUGCUUUACAAAUUUGUGCAUAUUCUGUAACAAGUUUUAUGCCUGGAACUUAAAUAUCAAUACCCUUAAACUAAAACUUUCAACUUAACGAGUUGGUUGAAGCAGAAAGGUUGGAACCCCGAACCCGAUCUGUACGUGCCUAUUUUACAAAUUAACUUGCUUUUUCUUUAUAUUUA